CCAAGCGUGUUGAGAGUCUGAUAGACUCGCCCGCCAGCCCUGAAAUUUAAAAAACCAUUAAAAGUUCUGUGGAGUCUGGUUAACUGUUUUUCCUGCAGGUCAUAAAUUGAUUGACGGCUUUUUAAUGUUACAAACUGAAGGCUUUCAUCUGUGAGAUUAGGUUUAAUUAUGAUUCCUUUUAUGCUAAUGUGUGCAAUUGUAUUAAUUGUACUACUAUUAUUAUCCUUCAGUUUUGUUUACCUAGGCUUCUAUGCUUAGAUAUAGGAGCUGGAUAUAUUGUUUUCUGCUGCUUGCCUUGUGAAAAAAAAAAGGGAAAUCAUAUCAUAUAUAUGGCAUUUUCUCUGUACAGCUGUUUUGUUGGAACGAGGAAGUUGAAACUUCCUUUUCUUUCUGUUCCUCUGUUCUUACCUGUGCUGUGAUUCUAGCACUUGAUUCAUUCUUAUACCUGUUUGCUUGAAGUGAGUGUGGCAUUUUUUCUUUGUCCAUCUCAAAAACAACAUGCUGCGUAGCUUCUUUCUCCUGUUUCUUUUGUGUGAGAACACAGUGAAAUCCACGACUACAGAUUUCCCUGUUACAAGUGGAACCCCUGCUUCUACUUAUAACACAAUUGCUCAGACAACUGCUAAUAUGUCUACUUCAACAACUGAAGAAAUGCCUUCUUCUGUGGAGCUGUUGGCCACACCAGACUACCCAGUUGCAGCAGGUCAAAGAGUCAGUCUGCACUGCAGCGCUUCAUAUAGUCCAGCAUCCACUGUUUGGAUCUGGGAACGGCAUGAAAAUCAGACCUGGCAAGAAGUGGGUUCCGGUACAGAUCUAAUCCUCACCGAACCAGAGCAGAGUGGGGAGUACCGUUGCCGUGCCAUGAGAUCUAUUUUUGUGAUGAGCGAUAGCCACACAGUCUAUAUCGUUUCCAUGCAUGCAACAGUUGGUGAGAAUUUAGGAAUCGCUGCUUUUGUCUUCUCUCUUCUGGCCCUGAUGAUCAACAUCGCUAUUAUCUUUUGGCUGUACUCGCGAAGACUCAAUGACACACCAACCACCUUGAACACUGCGGCUAGAGGUUUUGCUGUUCCAGAAAAGUCACCAGAGGGAAAUCUUCCAAAGAUUGACAAUGACGCAGAUGUGUACAUGAAUUACACAAGCACCAACCAAGCCUACAGUGAUCUGGACCAGGCCAAUAUGAAUACAGAUAAUGUGUACUCCAGUCUUUCAUAAACAUCCGGCUUAGAUGAGGGUGAAGAUGUGCCUAAAAAGAGAUUUCCUUUAAUCUGCACACUGCUGCUACCUGUUGCCAUUACAGUGCCAUCUAAUCUCAUCUAAUCUAAAUAUGGUAAAACUGACUGCAGUGCUUGCUGAGUGAAACUGUUCCUACAACACAGUAAAAGGCUCUUCAUUCACUGUUUGUACAUGUUAAUAAAACCUGUAACACCUGUGAA